AUGAUGCAAAAGUUGAAAUUUUUGUUGGAUGUUGAAGUCGGUAGUCAAAGUCGAAAAUUUUUGAAUGAUACUCUGAACGCCAAGCUGAUGUUCCAAGAUAUCGGAAGGCUGUCAGAAAUCGUUGGAGACGUUUCUUCGGACCAUGCUAAAAAACGCUCAGAAGCAACGCUAUGCUCCAACCGCCGAACUGUCGAAAAAGUCCGAUCUGAUUUCAUCGUCCUCUCGGCCUCAAAUUAUACUAAAUUUCGUUUAUACAUUCUUAUUAUUUCCUACAUUCAACCCGGCUGGCACCCGCUAACAGUUUUUCUCCCACUUGGAGCCAAAUGGACGUGGCAAGGGGGCUUUCCCCAAAAUGCUGCUCAUGAGAAAGCCUUUUAUGAGUUUAAUGAAGCGCAAAACUUGGCUCUCAACAAACCUGCAACCAAUAGUUCACUUUACAUACAUUAUGUCCGCCCGGUAGUCGGAUUGAUGGUUGAUGGAGACACGAAUCCUGAUUUCUUUGCUGGCCAUUGUUACAAUGGGGCGGAUCCACCGGGCGGACCUAACUGGGCAGUGGUCGACCUUGCUGCUGACUAUUACGUAGACGUUGUUUACAUGUUCACGAGGGAUUCGUUCACUCCACCACUGGACUACUUCCUGAUUGGACUGACCUUCUCAUCGCCUGGAUCAAACAUCAUCAGAGGGACCUACCCUCUCUGUGGUCAGUACAAGUACAAGGCGGCUGCCAGUGCCAGGCUGACAUUGAAGUGCAACGCCAAUCUUGCACCUUAUCGUUACGUCAUCGCUCAACAACCUGCCGAUGGAUAUGGAUGGUUCUCCUCUUGUGAGAUGGAAGUUUACGCUGCUAAGGAUCACAAAUCUAAAAUUUGGAAACGUAAAUCCAACACGAGAUUGACUGGAAACUACUCUCUCGCCGUGACCGCCGAAUAUGAGAUGAUGUGCUUGUUGAAGUGUCUUCCAGGCAAGUGUGACUCGUUCAACUUCCAUUCAACUGAUGCAACAUGCGAAUUGAACAAACAUGUUAACGGGUACAACCAGAGCUACUUGACUGCCAGCACCAACUGGAGUUUCUAUGAGGUUCAGUAUGCCUAA